ACAAUCGCGAGUAAAUCGCUUUUUUAUGAGUAUCGCUUGGCUGGAAUUAUAUACCUACCUAUUUUGUUUAAAUUUUAAACAUUUUCAUUUAUUUUUAUGUCUUUUCUUAUUCUUUUGUUGAAAUAUGGAUGAUCAAGCAAAAACCCUGAAGUAUUUAGUAAGCGUUGAAAAAUUAGCUGAGGAAAUUUUAAGUGACAAGCGUGAAAUUGUUUUGUUAGAUAAAAGAAGGAAUCAAAACCGGGAAGCGUUAAGAGAUAUAAACAAAUCAUCGCAGAAGAAGUGUUGGUUGGCAGUGGGCUCUGUUUUAGUGAAACAUAAUAUAGAAGAUACGAAAGAGUUACUAGAAAAUGACCAAAAACAAAUUAAUAUAGAAAUCAACAAGCUAAGAAGCAACCUUAAAAUUAAAGUAAAUAAUCUAAGAGAUUUGGAAAUGCAGCCCCCGGUCCCCGGUUUAAUGUUAGUCCCAAUGUCAUAUAAAGAAAGUCGAACCUUAGCUACUUCUGGGCUUAUUAAUUAGUUUACCUUAAUCUUGCUUUGCAUCUUUAAAAUAAUAGUGUCUAUCCAAUUUCCUAUGUGCAACCAAAUAUUUUCAAAUCAAGUCAUUUAAUAAUAGUUUGCUGAUUUUUGGAGAAACAAUUUUAUAUUACAAAUUUAAUAAAUAAUUUAUUGUAUACAAGACAAGAUUCUUAGUUGGCUAAAUUAAAUAAUUUAAAUUUAUUAUAGUCUUUAAGAGACAUUAAAAGAUACAAAAUUAUUGGUAUAAAAAUUUCUAGCAUGAAACCAAGAGUAGCCUAGCUGUAUUUUAGGCAAUACUAAGAUCACCUUUCAUCAAGGUGCUGGGUUAAUCCCCAAAUACCAAUGAAUUUUAAAUUAUCUUAUAUGUUAGUUUCUUCUACAUUUUUUUGGCAAAAAAUUAUCAUAAUGUGGGAAGCUACUCACCUGCAAAUAAAUUCAAAGGUUGUGUGGAAAGUUCACCAACUUGUACAGGGCCACCUUGGUUGACAAAAAACUACAGGCUCAUAAAAGCUUAAACCUGGGGCUGUUUUUCCUCAAAUCAGGAAGGCUAUAUUAGAUGUGGAGUUGAGCAAAAAAACCAGUGAACCUGUACUCAAACCAGCAAAUAUAGGAUUUGGCAUAGUAUGACAUAUUCAGUACUAAACAAUUAAAUAGUUUUACUCUGCUAUUUUUGAAUAAGUAUCCUCAUUAACAUCUUAAAAAUAUGAAUCAAGGUUGAAUAUUGCUUAUAGGCAAACUUCUAGUUCAACUAAUCGGACUGAUGCAUUCCAUUACACACUGUUCCCUGGAUGAUGACAAAAGCAAAUCACCCCAAGUACAAAGUUUCUGUUAUCCAAAAGGCAGAAGACUGGAUUUGGCCCAAGAGUACAAUUUAUUUCAGUAAAUGAUGCAAAUAUCAUCAGAGUGCUCAAUGAUACUAAUAUAGAAAAGAAAAAAUACUAUUUUGCUAUGGAAGAGGACUGCUUAGGCAAUACUAAAUUAUCAUAGUUUUAUUCAAAUUCAAAAUAUAUUUAUUUUCUCUCACAAUCACAUGA